CUUUCGGCAAAACUGUGUCGUUUCAUGAUAACCCCAAUCCACUCCAAUUUCUCUUUCGCCUAAUCGAGAAAUGACAGAGGUCCUCAGUCUCUACUCUCGAAAAGUCUCUCAACAGUAAACUCUCAUAACCAGUUGCAGCGGUCGACUCCGACCACCUCAGCGGUCGCUACGAGGAAAUGAAAAUUGUUCACUUUGCCUUUCGCUCCUGUCACAAUGGCUUAUUGCGGAGAUUUCAGCGACCACAUAUAGUUCGAAUUCUCUCUACAAAUGCAACUGCAGGGAGUGGUGUUGGUGAUAAGCAAACUGACUCAAUAGAGUCUGCUGACGAGUUUGAGCGUCGGAUAUUUGGUGACUUUUCUGGGGGUAAUUCGAAGUCUGAUGCCUUUUUUGAAAAGCUUGAUAGACUUGGGAAGGCUCGUGACUGGUCAGGUUCUAGAAUGGGCGAAGGAAGUAAUUCCCAGAUUUUAGAUGGCCUAGAUGAAAGUUUUAAUACAUUAUUGGAUGGAAUGGAUGGGAAGUUGAAGAAAGCAGCCACGUAUUUUGAAUUUGAUGAGCAAGAAAUAGAGAAAGAUGAUUAUUCAUUUAGACCAGAUAUGAAUUUUAGGCUCGGAAUGACUUAUGAGACAAAGGACCUUGAUCUUACGAAGCCAGGAGUAAGGAAACCCUUCAAAAGGACUGAGUUUGAAGUUACCACGGAGGAGGUUUUGAGAAAGGCUGACUUUAGGAAUGUCAGAUUCCUUGCAAACUUCAUAACAGAGGCCGGAAUCAUUAUCAAGAGGAGCAAGACUCGCAUUAGUGCCAAGGCCCAGAGGAAGGUUGCUAGGUAGAUCAAAACAGCCCGAGCUUUUGGUUUAAUGCCUUUCACAACAAUGGGGACAAAAUCGUUUGUUUUUGGAAAAACAAUGGAAGCUCGUGAUGAGGAUUUUGAAUAUGAAACUUAUGAUAGUCGUAUCAGUGCUGAUGCAGAUGCUAAAGACCCUCUUUGAGCCUAGGCUAUGAGGUGAAUGUUAACUCUCUACACUCUUUUUGGCAAUGCCACAAUUGACACCUUUUUUUGGGGGGGCAGGGGGGUUGUUGGGGAAGAAAAAUAGAAGAAAGUAAGGGAAAAGAUAUCUUGACAAUUUGUUGUGUUGAAAUUCUAGUGUAUCCUUUAAUGCAGUCAUCUAGUUGGCGUGUUGUGUAUUAAAAAUUUUGUUGGUACAGACAAACUACAAUAAUAACAUAAUCAUUAGCCUGGUCAA